UCAUUGUGUCUCCAAGAUAUUACACUUUACUCUGUAAACAGAUAUGAAUUCAGCGACCGCACUGUUGUAUACUUCCUUAUGCGACUGCGUCUCUUCUGUACACUUGUUUCACAUAUAACCUAAAUAUGCCCCUUGAGUUUGUUCAUUCCCCUACUCAACAAACCUUUGACAUAGGAUCAAGACUUACUCGUCUCUUAACCCUGUUGUUUUCCCUGGUAAUAGUGUUCAACACCAUCUUCGCUUUCUCAGUGCUUGUGAACUUAAAGUCACUAGACACCUGUAUGUUUCUUUCUAGUGACUGCUCCUGGUCUGCCCAUAUUGAUUAUAUCAAAGACAAAGCAUGGUCCCGUGUUAAUAUUCUACGUUCGCUCAAGUUUACUCUUGAUCGUCUCACCCUUGAGACAAUUAAUAUGACCUUUAUCCGACCAUUGCUUGAAUACGGCGAUAUUAUAUUUGACAACUGCACUGCAGGGGAAAAGCAGGAACUUGACAAAAUACAACACGAGGCUGCGAGAAUCGUCACAGGUGCAACAAAGCUAGUUUCUAUUGAUAAACUUUACAGUGACCUGAACUGGCAGCCCCUUUCAGAUCGCCGCACCAACCACAAACUUAUUUUUAUGUUUAAAAUCAAAUCCAAUAUUAGUCCUACAUACCUUGUUAAUCUCAUUCCUUUACGCCCAGCCGAUCCUAGGUACAAUCUUAGAAACUCUUCGGAUAUUCCACUUAUACAUUGCAGAUCCACACUAUACUAUAACUCUCUUGUUCCGUCUGCCAUUCGUGCUUGGAAUACUCUCGAUUCAAGUUUCAAGUCCGCUGACUCAAUACAAAGUUUUAAAAGGCUGAUUAGUAAUACUCCUAAGGUUCCUCAUUAUUUUAACACAGGCCCUAGGCGUUUACAAGUCCAUCACACUAGGCUUAGGCUAGACUGUAGUCUACUUAAUUAUGAUCUUUACCGGAAGAAUAUUAUUUCCUUACAAGCUUGUCUCUGUGGUGACUCUGAAUCUGUCCGCCAUUUUAUGUUAUUUUGUCCCCUUUAUACCUCCUACAGAGAGGAUAUGUUCGAGUCAAUAAAUUUGCUCGUCCCUGGUACAGCUAUCACGCUCGACUUAUUGCUAAAGGGUAACGUUCGAUUUACUGAUCCCUUCAACUCGCAGCUUUUUUCUAUUGUUUACUCAUACAUUGAUUCUACCAAGAGGUUUAUUUGAGUACUAACUCUCUAAACAGCUUAUGUGUGCGUUGAAAUUCAUCUAAUCUGUUUACUAUGAGACACAUCAUUCCCAUAAUCUUCUACUGUUUCUAAUGAUUUUGUAUUAUGAGCGCUUAACUCAUUUUAUCUAUAUGUUUGACUUACUAAAAUAUUUACAUUUUACUAUAGCAAUAUUCAUUUGUAGUACCGCUCAACUUAAAACUUGCUCUAUGUUUGAUUUAUUACAAUACUUAAAUUUCAUAAUAGCAUUAUUCUUCUACAUUUAUUUUAGACAUAUUCAUCUUAUUGGUAAAUAUAAUAAAUGAUAUUUUGUGCGACAACCUUUUUCUGAUUCGUAAAGUAUACAUGCAUACGAAAAUGAUCUA